AUGACUUCUGUUACCCGCAGCUUGUCACUGCCAGCAACCUUCAGCACUAGUCUCCUUACAAGUGGCAGCAUACACUCACACCUGAUACCGUUUACCUCGCCGGCAGAGUCCUGUCAGAGCUACAAGAGCAGCAUGGAUCCCAUCUGUCGCAUCUGCCACGAAGGUGAGGUAGUGGAGGAGCUUAUCUCGCCGUGUUUGUGUACGGGAACUGUCGGGGCGGUGCACAAGUCGUGUCUGGAGCGGUGGCUGACCCUCGCAGACGGUGAGAAGUGUGAGAUCUGCGGAUACAACUUCACCCUCAAACGUACACCCAAACCCUUCUGGAAGUAUCUGCUGUACGCUGACAACCCAGAGAUCAGUCGGGCCUUGCUGGUGGACGGGAUGUGUAUGUUGUUGCUGACGCCGCUGGCUGCUCUCUCCAUCUAUCUGUGUACCAUGGGCGCCCUUCAGUACAUAAACGGAAAUGAUGAACACUUCACUGCCUUCACCAACCAGUUCAUAGUCCUGACCAAGCAGAGAGUCGUGAGAAUUAAGGAUAGCUUUGAGCCCCGCAAGAAGUACGGUCAUCAGAGAGACCACGAAGGUGAGAAGGGUGGAGACAAGCCCUGGGAGGGUCUGGGUCUGGUGCUCCUGGCGCUGCUGCUCCUGGCUAUCUACAUUGCCUGGGCAACCAUCGUCAUCAGGUCAGCUGCUAACUGGUUUGAAGAAAUACUUGAAUUACCUCUUGACUAACCAAUAUUUACUUAUUACGAGAAUGUACCCAGUCCGCCCUGACGUAACGGAGGAUUAUUUUUUCAUUGUUCCUCACAUGUUAAAUAUCAGCAGAACAGAUUGUUUACAUUAUGUUACAGAGCAAACCAGUCACAAAUGUCAGUGCUAACAUAAUGUUCAGUGCAGAAGUAUUUAAACUACUUUAGACGAGUAAAUUUCACUUCAUAGGCUGUUGGAAUGUUUGGGGAUGGCACUAUAGAGUACAAAUAUUCAAAACGCUUAUCUGAAAUUACUGUAUAUACCUACAGAAGAAGGAAAGAGAUGAU